GAGUAACCAUGCGCGAGAAAAAAGGAGGUGCUUUGCAGAAGAUAAAAAAGCGAUUAUCGCACAGCUUCGGCCGAUUAUCGAUAUCGCGCGAGGAAAGCGACGACUCGACGCAACAAAACAACCACCAUCACCAUCCGCAUCAUCACCAUCAUCACCACGGACAUGGUCACAAUCGUGGCGGUAAAGUGCCCUUCAACGGUUACACAUCCGAGGAGUGCCUCGACCGACUGGAACCAAACGGCAACAUCCCGGCCGAUAAGUCUUACAGCAAACAUUGGAACAGAGUAAGCGAUCACGAACGCGUCCAUCGGCAGUUAUCGGUAUCGUCCGACAGCAAGCUGCUGGACGACGACAUCCGGGAGGAAACACGUGUGAUAAUGCGACCUAAGAAGCCACCCCGGCCGAAAUCCGAAGUGUUCUUGAACAAGCAUGACCCGCACCCGAGAAGAAAACGGUUUAGUGCAUUCGGGGGUGACUCGCCAUUCGGCAAAUCAGAUGCUUAUAUUAAACUAGAGCAACUCGGUGAAGGAUCCUACGCAACGGUAUUUAAGGGUUAUAGCAAUUUAACAAAUCAAGUGGUAGCAUUAAAGGAAAUCAGGUUACAGGAAGAGGAAGGUGCACCGUUCACGGCCAUACGCGAAGCAUCCCUGCUGAAGGAACUGAAACAUUCGAACAUCGUGACCCUGCACGACAUCGUGCACACGCGCGAAACGCUCACGUUCGUCUUCGAGUUUGUGAAUACGGACUUGUCGCAGUACAUGGAACGACAUCCGGGUGGGCUCGAUCACCGAAACGUGCGACUGUUUCUGUUCCAGCUGCUGCGAGGGCUUUCGUAUUGCCAUAAGCGAAGGGUGCUGCAUCGCGAUGUGAAGCCUCAAAACCUCCUCAUCAGCGAGAUGGGUGAGCUGAAGCUGGCCGAUUUCGGACUAGCCCGUGCUAAGAGUGUUCCCAGUCAUACCUACUCGCACGAAGUCGUCACACUAUGGUACCGGCCUCCAGAUGUGCUGCUCGGUAGCACAGAGUACUCCACCUCACUCGACAUCUGGGGUGUGGGAUGCAUCUUUGUGGAGAUGAUCACCGGUAUGCCGACAUUCCCCGGCAUUCGCGAUACGUAUGAUCAGUUGGAUAAGAUCUUCAAAAUUCUCGGCACACCGACGGAGGAUACGUGGCCAGGGGUAACGCAUUUACCGGGGUAUAAGCUACAAAUGUUAGGCUUUUUCAAACCCCGCAAACUGGGAUUGAGCUUUCCCCGGUUGUACGACAUCAACGAGGGCGAAACGAUGGCUACCUCGUUCCUGCAGCUUAAUCCGGACAACCGGAUAAGCGCGGAUGAGGCUCUGCGCCAUCGGUAUUUCGCGUCGUUGCCAAAAAAGCUAUACGAACUGCCGGAUGAACUAUCCAUCUUCACCGUGGAAGGUAUUUACUUGCAUCCGGAACCGAACCGCCACCAUGGGCACCGAGCAUGAGAGUUAAGACAAAGUAAAACCCUAGAUGCAAUACGUUAUUAUUGUUAGUAGUUAAUGUGAUUACCUGCGUCGCUGGUUAGCAGAAGACGCAGUGG